UCUAUUUAAAGUUCAAAGAGAAGCUGGAUAACAAUAAGGAAGAGGUAAGCGUGGCCCUGAUCAAGCUACCAAACAGGAAUAAUGGCUGAAAAAGAAUCUACAUUAUCACAUCUCAUGGUGCCUAUUCUUCUCCUGAUUGGUUGGAUUGUGGGCUGCAUUAUAAUGGUUUAUGUUGUGUUCUCUUAGAAAGGCAAGAAGACUUCAGAUUGACAUCACUUAGAAGAAUUUUUAAAAAAACAUGAACAUGACUACUUAUUAAAUGUUUCU